AGAUCUGAUGAAUCUGAUUCUCCUACCACUGCUACUAAUGUCAUUAAAUUUUUUUCAAAUGCGCAUGCUCAAUUUAAUGACCAUUUUUUUCAAAGAGCUCUUGAAGAAAAUGAAAAAGAAGACGAUAAUCUCCAAUGA